GUUUUUUUUUAAUUCUGUUACAUUCUGUCUUUCAUUAUUAUUAUUGUUAUUGUAUUUAUUUUCGUUUCGAGGAGCAUUUUCUCCUCGUCUUAUGCGCGUGUAUAAGUACGCGCAUAUCACUGCCACCGUUGUUGUGCCCGUCAAUCGACGCGAUCGCAUCUCUGUUCGAUCGAUUCGUCUCGAUAAUAUCAUAAUAAUACCGUUGGUGUUAAGACGUCAGUUUUCGCCGCGUGGCUACAUGUAUUGUGCAUGUGAUGUGUACAUAAUAUUCAUUACGCAGUACAAACGAACGACUUUUGUGCUUUUCAAAGUUUUCUGCGCGCGAGAGUGUGUGCUUUUUACCGAUCAGUGACGACAAGCGUCACGAGUAUAUAUAAUUCGGUGCAUCUGUCAAAAUUUGUCGGCGCCGAGCAGAGAUCGACGAACACUACUGUGUUUGGACAUGCUACCGAUUUAUUCUAUUAAUUACCAUCUAUAUCAUAAAUACUAUCAAUAAUAUGGAUACUUUGCUCAGGAAGAGCUCGUAAUACUGUUUUUACUGCUCGAAACCAUCGACAUUGCAAAUCAAAACUCUACUUUCUACGUCACCAGCUGCAGACUCCGCGGCCGUCUCGGAAAGAAAAUUGUCAACACAGUGUCAUCCAGUGCAGCGUCGUAAAAGAAAUUGUAUAUAAACCGUGUAGGGAGCCGAAAUUCAAUCACUUAUUUAAACAACUACCAAGUAUUGAAUAUUUUAUGAGAAUCAAUUUCCAAAUGGACCGCUUAAACGUCUGUAUAGUUUGAGUACAAACAGGCAACAGCUGACAUACAUCAUAUUAUACUAUAUCAACAAGUUCAGAAAAUAAUUCAAUUUACAAUUUUGAGCAAAUAUGAUAAUUCAAAUCAGAUCGGUGGUAUUACAAUGAGAAGAAUCAACCGUCGGUUGGUUUUGUUAUCGAUCGUACUCGUGUGUGACGUAGUUAGUGUAUUGGGGAGACCUCAAGAGCAGAGCUCAGCUAGCAGCACAUUAAAAGAUGAUCUUGUUAACAGGAAGGAUGAUGUUGCAACACCGAUCAUUGUGUUGGCAGAGACAGCUGUCGAUGCAGGGAAUGCCCGUGCCCAUACUACUAAGCCUCCGCUGAUGGAUGAUUCUGUGAAGUCAGUCAGCGAUCAACUUCUUCAAACGUCCACAUCUAGCAGUAUAGUUGUAUCUUCAGAAGUUAGAACAGUUCAAAAAAAUGAAUCACCUUUAAAAGGAGAAGCUGUUCCUGUGCUAACUGAUGAAGAUGUACACGCCGUGGGUCCAUACAGUUACAAAAUAUCAUCAGACUCGUCCACAAGACCAACAGGAGAUUUAUCUACAUGGAUUCUAUUGGGUGGUGAAUCUUCGCCAGCGCCAUUAAAUAUGGCUACAAUUAAGAAAGUACCUAAACCAGUUGAUGCAACUACAUCUUCACUUUUACAGUCGUAUGAAACAAGUACUACCAGAAAAAGGAAACCUACAACUGAAAAAAUGACUACUACUAAUUUACCAGUCACUGAAUCUCCAAUCAAGCUACAAGAUUCUAAAUUUAAAAAUAAAACGCCAGUCAUAGUUGGAAAAAUACCUACUACAACAACAAUAAAAGAUAAAGUUGAAGAGGUGACCACUCCUCUGCCUGAACUACCCCCAUUGGAUAAUAAUACGAGAUUUGGAACUCCUGUUGUCACGUUUCCUCAUGUACCACCAAGACAAAGACCGUCUGCAAAUAAUACUAAGAAAGCAGAAAAACCACUGACAACAAAAAUAACCUCUACUGCCGUCGUUAUUUCUAAGCCUUUAAAUAACACAACCACAGUGUAUUCUACUACUGUACCUACGGUUACUAAUACUACAUCAUCUUCUACCACAAACGUUUCAAAUGUAACUGAAAUUACCGAAAAUGUCACAGAAUCGAGUAAUGCUACUACACAAAACACUUCAUUAAAAAAGAAGAAAAAGAAAAAGAACAAGAACAAGCGUAAACCAGUUAAAGUUUCAAAUGAUGAUGCUCAGAGUAAAAUCGAUGAGCAGAGUACUAAAAUUACUCCAGGACGACCAUUAUCAACUCGAAUUUAUAACUAUUUAGCUCGUGAAGUCAUGCCCAAUGUUGGAGUCGGUUUAGUUGGUUUGAUGUUAACUGCUGGUUUAGCAGGGUUACUGUUAUAUUCACCAAUAGGAGGAGCUGCUAUACCUUUGGUACCAUUAAGACGCACUGAUUCUCACGCACAUGGUCAUAGUCAUGGACAUGGUCCAGGUUAUGUUCCUCCCGAAACUGAUAACUCUCAGCCAGAAGAACAAGUUUUCGGUCAAGUGCUGUCUGGAAUGUCUUACGGUCAUAAUCCGUAUGGUAGAGAACGUCCUGACACAGCUCCUAAGUACAAAUCGUCUUAUCAGCCAUCUGAAUACUCAGCCGUUCAUAAUGUACCAAAAUAUAAUCCACACGACACUAAUAAAUAUUCUGCUCACGAUGUAACAAAAUAUGCUGCUGCAGCCGAUACAACUAAAUAUUCUACACACGAUGGAACCAAAUUCGCGGUUGUUGAAAGUACUAAAUAUACAGGCCCUGACACUAGCAACUAUUCACCUCCAGAUACAUCAAAAUAUUCGACAAUUGAUGUAAGUGCAACUCAAGAUAAAGCACCAUAUACUACUUUAGAUGCAUCUGAAGGACCAGCAUUUGAACAAACACAAGACAGCCAAGAUGAAACAUACCAAAAUCACCAUUACGAUGAACUUAAAUUUGACUCGUCUAAUGCUUAUGAUCAACCUAAGUAUCAAAGUACAUCGCAGGUGAAAGGAGUAUAUAAGGAAGAUCAAUCUUCUUUUGAAGCUCCAAAAUAUCCCGGCUAUGUUCAAGAUGUACCUAAAGAAGAAGCCGUAGCUGUAAAUUAUAAUUUUGAUAAUCACCGAACAGAUGAAAAAGAUAGUUCCACCGCGUCAUCGUCAGAUCCUACGUUUUCUGCACUACAGGGUAUUCCAAAAUACUAUGAACAAAGUGUAAACCCUGAACAAAUAUCUGUCAAUGUACACCAAACCAUGAAGAUGGAACACGGACCUCGAAGUUUAAGAAUAAGGCGUCAAGUAGACGAACAUAAUGAAAUUGAUGCCCAAUUACCAGAGGAAACUACAGUAAAACCUACCGAAAAACCUACUGAUAAGAAUACCGAAAAUCAAUCAGUCGGUGAUAUUUCAUCUUCUACAACUACGUCUACAUCAACUGUCUCAACCAAAAUACCUGACUCAUCUGAAUCACCUGCUAUGAAUAAUAAUCAAUUCUCGUUAAUGGACAUUUUAAGAAGAGUAGCUGAAGUCAAAUUGAAAAUGGGGAUUGAAAUUCUAAAAACCACCGCAGCUAGUUUUACACAAUAUGUAAAUGCUAUCCAGAGAAAAAUGACACACAUGGUUAGGAAUCUACAAAAGUCUAACGAUAGGCAACAGCCGGAGAACAAACAGGAACAAAACGUCAAACCAGAUUCAAAUGUAUCCGAUGAGAAACGACAACGGCGAUCAAUUAGACAUAGGAUUUAUUCAAAUUAGUUACUUUUAAGUUGAGUUAAAAUAAGUUUGGUGAUAUGAUGGGAAUGUACAAUGAACUGGGGAAUUUCUCUUAUAAUAUUUUCAAGACCAAAAACUUUAACUAAAAAAUGCCCAUACAUUGCUCUAUGGACUUUUUUUAGUCUCAAGUUUUGGGAUCUACAAACAUAUUGUAAAUCAAAUUGAUUUAUAAUAUGUUUUUGAGAGAAAAAAUAAUAAUAUGGAUUUGUAUUUAUUAAAUGUUUUAAAUACAUGUUGACAUAUUGUAAGCUUAAGUGAUCGGUACAUUGCUACUAUUGUAUAGCGCAUAAUAUGUACCUGUCUGUGUAAAUAUUAAUUUAAAUUUUAUAUUUUUUUAUACGUAACAAUAUACAGUGUUUUAUUUAUCGAAUAAAUACAAUAAGUGUUUA